UACGGCAACGCACUCCAGGCGGCUUCACACGGAGGCCACGAGCAGAUUGUGAAGCUGCUAGUUGAGAAGGGCGCCCACGUCAACGCACAAGGUGGAGAGUACGGCAACGCACUCCAGGCGGCUUCAUACAGAGGCCACGAGCAGAUUGUGAAGCUGCUAGUUGAGAAGGGCGCCCACAUCAACGCACAAGGUGGAGUGUACGGUAACGCACUCCAGGCG